AUGGUGUCACAUAACAAUGUAUUGCCUAAUGUGCAUUUACACAAAUGGUGGCAGAGGUAUGUAAGAGUAAAUUUUAGUAAAAACAUAAAAAAAAAAAAAAGAAGAUUAUUAAGAGCAAAAAAGAGAAGAGAAAGUGGAGGGAAACCAAUAGAAAAAUUACACCCCAUAGUUCAAUGUCCAACUCAGAGGUACAAUUUCAGAUCAAGACUAGGAAGAGGUUUUACCCUUGAAGAAUUAAAGGGAGCUAAGUUAAACCCUCUUGCAGCAAGAAGUAUAGGCAUUUGUGUUGACAAGAGAAGAAAAAACAGAUGCGAAGAAACAUUGAAGAGAAAUAUAGAAAGGUUGGAAAAAUAUAAAAAGCAUUUAGUUAUGAUUCCAUUAAAAAGAAAUAAAUGUAAAAAGGGUAUUGGUGGAAUUCCAGCUGAUUCGGACAAGAAACUUAUUAAAGAAUUAAGGACUAAGAAACAACUACGUAGUAUAUUUAAGAAUGAAAGAAACACCACACCUUACUACGAAGCGAUGGAAGUGUCUAAGAUAGAUAAAACAUUCUUAGCAUAUAAAACAUUACGAAAAGCUAAAUUGUCAGAGAGAAGAAAGAACAAACAACAACAAAAAAAAGAUAUAAAGAGAAAAUCAAAGGAUAGUUGA